AGCAAGCAGCAGGUACCUGUUAUAGCUAUUCAUUCUUGCCUUCCCUUCAUGAUGGUAGGUGCACGAUGGCUGGAGGCAACUGCUGGAUCUCUACGACGUGAGCCGGCUUUAUGGAUUCUCGUCUCUCCUUCUCAUUUCUGUCCCUGCUCUUGUCGCUAACUAGGUACGCCCCCCUCUCUCUUGGCAUUCAAAAUCCGUCAAUAUUCGUAAAUAGGGACAAGUAAUCUCGGGCCAGUCCUCUCCCCGGUACUCAUGCGGGAUCAGAGCGAAGAGGGCCAUUGAUCUCACCACCGCCCGCAAACCUCCUGCUAAUGGAUCCUAUCAUUUCGGCGGCCUCGUGGGACCCUCGCCUUCUCACCAGCGCGAGAGUGGCCGCCCUCCUGCCCGAACGCUCAUGGUCACUGAAUAUCGUUGACGGAGACCACGAGGUUGGGAGCUAUGAAGGCGGAGGUCCUGGUGCUCUGGAGAGGAGGGGUAGAUCCGCGUCUCCUAUCCGCGCCAACGUAAAGCGGAGGCGGUCUGUCGCUUCUGCCCCGGGGGACGUCUUAGCGAGGCAACCAUCCAGCCAGUCUUUCGAGCAACCCAGCUCUCGAGGCAGGAGGAAGCUACCGGCAAUGCCGCUUAGCCAGCAAAAUCAGCCUAGUGAUAGUGAACCUAAAGGAGUGUCGACCUUUCAAGCACUUUCCGCUCCAAGCCGAUCCAGUCGUUCUCCCGGCCCGACUAUAAGUCAGCCUAUACCUUAUCCUGCCCACGCUAGGUCCCCCAAACGCCGGAGAGUAACCAGAAGCAGCGAAACGCCUCAGACGCCGACUACCAACAGAGACAAGGGGUUUGUGAGUUCGCCUAGAGUGAUCAGGGGUUCGACGAGAUCUGCAGAGACACAGUUGAAUUCGGAACGGAAAAAUAACAACCAAGGGCUAGCGUAUGAGACAAAGGGCGCCUUCCGGCUUAAGAAGGGUCAGCGAAAAGAUGAAUUCCGCCUCCCAAAGUCUCAAAGCGAACCGAAAUCACUCUGGCUCCCAGGAGACGGGUUUUCGGACGAGGAAACGAGGUCAGACUUCGUGUUACCGAUGGCCGGCGGGCACAAGCGGAAGAGGUCUCGAUCACUCCCUAUUAUAGGAAAACUCCAAUUAGAGAGUGAGGAUGUAUGCGGCCCAGGAUCGCCUGCACUGGGAAGUAGCCGUGUAAUGGGCCGAUAUCCCGCUCCAGGCGAGACCAGGCUGCGCCGUGGCGUAGCCAAAGAUAUCUGGCCUACCGUCGAUGACUUCUCGGAGGAGCUGGAUGUACGAGCGCAUAAUACAGGUAGAGAACCAGAUGAUGAGGUUGUUCCUUCGACAAUGUCGCCCCAGCCUACGCUAGUUCCCCUGUCCCGGGAAAACUUUAGGUACGUACCUCCGUCGUCGCGGAAGAGGAAUCAUUGCGAGUUCGAAAACUUCGGGCGGUGGCCCCUCAACGGCGGUUUUGGGGACACUGUGGCGGAGGAGCUGUCUGGGCCCGCUCGGGUACCGGCUAGAGUAUCUUACGGAAUGGAAGAUGGCGACGAAAGUGGUGACGGCGAGCGUGGAGGCGGAGAGGUAAGCGAGGAAGAGGAGGACGAAAUGGAAGAUGAAGACGACGAAGCUGCGGUCACAUCGGAAUCCAGCGGCUCUGCCGGUGGCAUGUCCACUGGCUCUCCUGAAUAGCGGGCCCGACGCUAGGUAUUUCCCAAAUUCUCUCCUUAAUAAUAAGAACGUGUUGCAGGGGUGUAGAUCAGCAAGGCCCAAGGAAGAGUCUGCUUACCCCUUUAAACGCUAUACUGGAGGUUUUAUGUAUUUGUAUCUUGUUGCAAAACGGAAGGUAGAGGCGGGUUCUUUCUCACAGCGAGGAUGGUAAGAUUUGUGGUUUGGCUGUAACAUAUUUUAUUUUUGCGGAAAUUGAAACUCCGUCCUCUUGAACGCCUACUCGCUCCAGGCCGUCUUUACCGACGGGUGUCCUUAGGAAAAUCUCAGUAUACUGAUUGAUACCACCAUACACGGAAUCAGGAAGAGGCUCCUCGCUCUUCGUCCUCGUCUCGCUCUUUCUCUCGUAAAUCCAUUUCCGGCUUUAGCGAUCCCUUGUCGUGGGGAGGUUCUCAUCUGCUCCCUUUCAUGCACGCGCACAUCUCGUUCUUCUCCAUCCUCCUCUCCUCUCACCCUGCCUUCCCUUUCUCCUCCCCUUCUCAUCCCUUCGACACUUCUACCC